AUGCAACCUCAGCAGCAACGAUUAAAGCCCAUUUCAGCCAAAGCUGGAUUUCGAACGCAACAUGAGCAAACAUCAUCAGCAGCAAGCAACAUGAUUCCUGCGACGGCUCGACAACGGGCGAAAACAGCAGGUGCUGCCUCAAGAAAACCUCAAACUCCGAGAAGCAAUGUACAAAAUUCGAAUCAAAGAGAGAUCACUCCUCGUGAGGGUACCACUCAAGAAACGCCCAAUUCAAACGCUGACAAUUGGAACAGUCCGAGAACUCAAACGAAUAAUCGAGGAGUAGUUCAAUUUGUGGAUGCAUCUUCUGCCUUGUCUGUCUCGUCAGAGAUGGACAUUAUCGAACAAGAAAUUGAAACCUUGUCGAACGAAGAAAACACCAGACAACCCUACUAUGACGUAUCAUUGGAUUCAAAAGUAUCUAACAUUGAAAAAACCCUUUCAGGCAACAAAUUGUCAUCGCAAAUUCUCACAGAACUUGGUGAGCUGCAGGAUGAAAAUACGGACACCUUCAUUGACGAAGAGCACGAAUUGGAAAAAAAGAAAUUAAUUGUUUUGAAAGAUUUGCAGAAAAAAUAUCCGCAAUUCAAUUCACUUCGCGACCAACCUCUUCUUGUGCCGUUCAAACCUCUGGCAGAUCCAACACCAACUCCACCCCAAGUUUUGGAGGAUGAUGAAGAGGGAGACGAAGAAGAGGAUGAUGAAACUGAAACAAAAAAACAAGGCACACCUUCGGUGACAGCAACAAACGAACAACAACAAUAUGAAAAACAACAAUACGAGAGGUCGAUAUUGGGAAACGCUACUCUGGCUGAAAUUCUGAUGGAAUUGGAAUUGGAAAAAGUAGAAAAGAAGCGAGAUGAAGUUCUCAAUGCUAAAUCAUCAAUUUUAACAUCACCAGCAGCUUCUUCGUACAAUUUUAGCUCAAAAUCAUCGGAUUUACAAAGAAAGUCUUAUCUUGACUACCGUAAAGAGAGAAACCAAACUCUGAUACAACUAGAAAAAUUACCAACAGUUUCAUUCAGAGAACCAUCUCAUAUUUCAGCAGAAAAACAAUUGAAUUUUUGUUUGGAAAAGAAGAAUACCAAGACAUAUAUGGAGAAUUUUGUCUUGUCCUUUUACAAGUACUGGAAAGAAACACAAAAAUUACAGUAUUACAAAGUCAUUACAAGAUGGCAAAAGUUUUCUGAUCGUUCUGACAUGAUUGUCAGAGCAGAACCAAUGCUUCAAUCAAAAUUAACAAGAAUUCAGAAGGAAUAUGAAUAUUCUUGUUCGAGACUAAAAGAAAUAUCCGCAGAAAUAAGAACUAGUCAUUCAAAGAACAUUAUCAAAGUGACUGAUCUUCAGACAAUUAUCCGAAAACAGCUCUAUGAUGCUCGGGCGAGAAGAAAGGUCGAUCAAUUUUUGUUAAAAUCCAAAUGGCUGCCAUACUCUGAGAGAAGAACAUUAUUCAAAAAAGCAUUUGACAUUCCAAAUGUACAGACGGAUGCGAGAGCUCCUGGAAUUUCUGUCGUUAAAUCAGAGAUUGAAGAGCAGCUGGAAACACUUAAAGAUUGUGUUGAAAUGAAAAAACUUCCCUCGGAAGAGACAGGUCAAGAAUUUUUAUAUCUUGUCAGAAACAAGUUUGAUGCAAUAUUUAAGGCUCAAUCAGCAAAGCUGAAAGUAUUACCCUAUCCUUACAAGGAAAAUGUAAAUAAUGACAAUAGUGGUUCUGGAGUUGAAAAGAAAGCUGAUUUGGCCUCAGAUACUUUCACUUAUUUGAAAGAGUCUACAUGGACCAACGACUCGAAUUACAAGUCUUCUAAACUUUUUUUCCCUCCAGUGGAAGCGUUUGAGCAAAGGCAAACGAUAUUGAUGACCAAUGAUUUGAGAAUUGAUCCACAACUUCAGAUAGAAGCCGGAUUCUUACAUACCACAGAAUUACAGUAUGCAAGGAAACGACUUAAAGAUCAAGCAGAUUCUCAUUUCAAACGAGCAAGAGUAGAGGAUGAAGUUCAGACAUAUCUUGAAGAAGGAUAUAUAGCCGAACGAAAAUUACCUCAUACCAAUGAAGAAGAUCACAAUGUAGAGGGAAAAGCGAUCCACAACAAAGUAGCAGCUCUAUACCUUCUCAGAUUCAUACGAGUUCGUGAAUUUAAAAGAAAAUUGUUAGACAUUCUGAAUUACUUUAGGUCCAUUGAGAAACGGCUCUAUUUUGACCACAUUGGAUAUUUGACAACAACAGAAAACGCAAGCUCGAGUUUUAUUAGAAAAUUUUUUGUUUCUUCUGAUGAUUUAGAGAAACUUGCUUCCACCGACUCUCUUCCUCUCAAUGCCACCUUCAGAGACGAUAAAUACUCGCUUCAUUUGAAACGAGAUGUAGUAGUUAGAGAUGCAAAUGGACUGAAAAUCAUGUAUGACGCUGCUCUCAAAGAUUAUGAGGCGCUAGAAGAACGCCUGCUCAAAAUUGGGUCAUACUUUAUUGAGAAAAACCUAGCAUCAUUUCCAAAACUGCAAGUGGACAGAUUCGUGGUUUUGGAGGGUUUACUUGAAAGUGAAACAUGGUUCCAAGACUCUAAACGUAAAGUCAUCGAUUGCUAUAUGGAAGCUUAUGAACACUGUUACGAACCUAAGGAACAAUUACGUUUGGCUAGCGCAAUCAUGCAAAUUAUGAAAACCACUCCAAAGUUCAAUUUAGAGAGUCACUAUUUUUCCGAAAGUUAUGCUUCAGAAAUUAUUUGCUUGGAAUUGUAUCAUAGUUUAUUGAAAGAUAUUCUCAAGGAGCAAAUUAGGGAUGAAAAAGAUUAUCUUUCAUUUAUAUAUGAAGCGAUUGACCCAACAACCGACAGAAGUGGGUUUCCUGACAACAUAACUUUGGAUAACUUUGCACAAGCAGAGCUCUUCCCUGGAUCAUCUAAAGUGGGAUUUCUCGACUUUUAUACAUCAACAAGCAUAAUUGGUCGAAUUCAUGAUCAUUUGGAGAAAGCUGUUCACAACAUUACUAGCUCAUUUAAAUUUAAGAAUGUGCUUUCUUUGAAUGCGGUGAGAAGAUCUGUUUUGCAACAACUCAUAGUUGAAUGGAAACUAAUUGCUAAGGAAGAAAAGAUCCAAAAGGCAAUUAAAAGCAAAUUAUCAGAAGAGCGAUCUGCCAUUGAAGACACCAACAUUUUAGAAGAUCCAAAUGAGUUGAUAUUUUUGUUGAAUACUGUAAUAGACACAGAGAAAAUGCCAAAGCAUACCGAUGACCAAGAAAAUGUGGUGACUAGAGACACGGAAGGGGGUUUCUCCAUGGCAGAAAAAGACUCCAUUCCUCUACAAUACUUUUCGAAUUUAGUUGAAAUGGUCACCAUGUGGAAACAUUUAACAAAAGAACUCUUGGAAACAGAUAUUCUCACAGCAAUCUUUAACUCACAAGCCACCCUCGUUGGUACAGCACAACAAUCCAUGAGCUCAGCCCUUGGCCCACUAAACUUUGACACCAAGGAUGUAUUUAAUGACUCCCAGCACCUAUUUCCUGAAAUGAAAACACAAUACCUCACCAACUUGGCCAUUGUCGAAUUUGAUAGCUCAAUGGCAGAAGUUAAUUUCAACUCUUUUGAUGGUAUCAAACGGUUGGUUGGGCUUGUUGGACUGUUCGAGCUAAGGCAUGUGUAUCAGUAUCAAAUGCUGCAAAAAAUUCUUUAUGAAACAGCUGUAAAAUAUAAUCAAACACCUCUCGACGAUUUCUACGUAGCCCAAGAAAAGAAAGAAUUUUUUGUGACGUCAAUGAAUACUCAAAAUGAUACAGCUCAGUAUAUCACAAAGGAGGUUCUUCAAGAGUUAUUCCUUACGUUCAACAACAUGAAAAUACCCAUACGUCAGAGAAUCCUAAAGGAGUAUCAAAAGUUAUCCGAAGGUAUUAUCAAAAGUAAGCGAGCGAAUGUUGUUAGAAAAUACCUUAGAGAUCUCAAGUUCAGGCUUUCUGCCAGUUUUUGUACUUCCAUGUUGUCAGCCAUUCAGCCCUAUAUUUUAAAAUGUGAUAUUGUAGACGUUAUACGUGAGCUUAGAGCGACACUAGGAUCUGUUUCAGCUGAUAGUGGAUUUUUGAUUGGUAAGCCCGAUCAUAACGUUCAAAUUUCAUCACAUGGAGUAGUCUCAAAGAAUAAGGAUGACCAUGCAAACAAAUGCGUGCUAGCAAAAGAUGGUGAGGUUGUGAAUGUAACCUAUGUUCCUCACUUUGUUCAAAUAAUGAGAACCUCUUUCAUUCAGGCCAAUGAAGAAGAGAACACAACAACUGAGAAUUUUUAUAACUUGUUGCAGAUACUACAACGAACAUUCGUCAUUCUGAAAUUUUGGACUAUCAGUAUUCAAGCUACUGCAAAACUCUAUGAUAUAAUCAUCAAUGAAGGAUAUGGUUUGGAAAAGGCGUUAGAAACCAAUUGCAAGUCAUUAACAUCGGAGCUUGAACACUUGAGACAGCCAGAAAACCCUUCCACAGUUGUCAAUUAUUUGACAUCAAAAUGUGAAACUCUUUUUUUGAAAUACCUUCUCGUAUUGGACAACUUGAAACACAAAUUACGAAAAGAAGGAAUGAAAUCAAGCAUGAUUGCCGAGAAUUAUUUACAAAGUAUUAUCCAUGAGCCCACGGAAGAAAACCUAUCAGAAGCUGAUUUGUAUGUUAUCUCUCCAAGGCAUCUUGACGAAGAAAAACGAGAAAAGUACACAGGACUCGACGCAAGCCACCAAUAUAUUUUACCUCUCAAAUGUUUAAACAAUCUACUGUUAGAGCUACAUGACUCUGAGAGAAAUUACUUUUCUGCCGAAGAUGCAAACGUCACUUUAUACAUGGAAGAGUUGUUGACAGAAGAAAAAGUUUACCCUAACAGCAUGCCUGAGCAAGCUGUGAAGAUGCAAUUAGACUUCUUGAAGACUUCCGUGUUGAUGUACAAGCUGAGGGAUUACUUUUUAGAUCUUAGUUGCAACGGAUCAAAAUUAAUGUUGCAGGAUGAGGCAAAAAUGGAAGACUUGUACAACCACAUUAUUUUUAAAAAGGCAAAACGAAUUUAUGAGAAACAGUUGAAAGGACUCAUUUCGACAUUGGAACAAAAAUCAACAAAUGACAUCUAUGAUAUGGCCAUUCAACAAAAGGCAAAGAAGAAAAAAGAAAAAGAUCUUAGGGACAAACAAGUGUCUAUAUUGUUUCAAGAAAUAUCCAAGCUUCUCAUUUCCAAAUCUAUCCAAGAAAUGAAAGAAACAUAUGCAAUACUCAAAAAAGAGCUUCAGAAAAUGGAAGAACCAUCAUCGAAUAUUGAUAGCGAUUCAUUCGAAGAUUCAAAGGUACAAAUAUUUCAUUCCUUUUUGGACAUACUUUUGAGAAAUGGAGGAAAAACCAGCUCCAAGAACGAGGAAACUCAAAUAACUAUUAACGAAAAAGAUCUAGAGAAAGCAUUAGAGGAAGUUGGUCAGAAAAUUCAAGAUUGGAAGACUGAGUACAUUCGAUUUUUAGAGUACAAGUCAUCCGAAGUCAUUGAUCAUUUGAAACGAAGUCUAUUUACGUCAGAGCAAAAAGUCAAGUUUUUACUCUACAAGAGAGACGUGGACAGAAAGUCGUUAAAACGCAGAAUUGACGCCGAAGUGGAUGACAAAAAUUAUGAUUUGGUGUUCCUGGUGAAUAAUAUAUUGUGGAAAAAUAAGGAACUAGAACAUCAACUUAAGGAGGUAAAAUCCCAUGUUCGAAGCGAAUUAGUUCAUGAAUAUGAAGACCUUGUUCGAAACUUGUACAAGGAGCUUGUUUCAACAAAUGGAAAAGUUGCAAAAUUCAAAAAAGAUUUUCUCCAAAAUCUUGAUCAACGAUUUUAUGAAGUGCGAGAGAACACAUUUUUCGAAAUUGCCACUCAGAAAGAUAUUGGAGAUGCCUCCUUCAAAAAGAAGGCUCUUGAAGUUGCUAUGGAAGAUAGCGAAUUGAACAAGUUCAGACGAGAGAAUGAAGAUCUCAAAGUUCAGCAUACACAAUUGCAGUCCCUGUACAAGAUUCGGCUCAUCACUCUCCAAUCAAAGUAUGAAAAAUUAAUUUUAGAAGCAGAGAAAAAGCGAGACGAAGCUCUCAAGGAUUUCUAUGCAAGUAAAUAUGAAGUAGGACUUAGAGAAAAUCAAUUGAGACAAGAAUUAUUGAAAACACAGCAACAACUCAGUAAUGCAGAAAUGGAAGUUGAGCAAUUACGAAAGGAUCUUCAGCUUCAAAUCAAGAACAAACAAAAAUUAGUGCAUUGGAAAGUCAAAAACGCUCAACUAUUGGAAGAACUGGAGGAAAAAGUUGAAAAAUACGAAAGAUGGAGCCACACCAAUGUAGACAAACUUUUACUCGAGCUCGAAGAAAAGAAACGAGAAGCAGGACAUUAUGAAAAGAUAAAGGAACGUAUGAAAGAGAAAACAAAUGCCAUCGAUUUUAAAAAUCAAAAAACCAUCGAAACUCUUAAAAAGAAGUUAGCAAAAGAGCAAGCCAUGAAAUCCAAAAUCAUGGAACAAUUGGAAAGCAUGAAAGAGAAUUAUGUUCCAAGUGACGACUCGUCAUGGCAAGCAAAAUACUAUCAAGCCAUGAAUGAAUUGCAACAAGCUCAAAAAGAAAAUGCCUCUCUCAAAAUCAUGCUCGAGACAAAGACUUCUUUCACAGAGCCGAAUGUGGAUUCUGAAUUAGAAAAUCCACCCAUUGUGAAUUUGGAUGGCCACAAUGCGGUUGUUCGAACCACUCCUUCACCUCCAAGCUCUGGAAGAAAGACAGCCUCUCCCUCCACUCUGUUGAGACCCAUUUCUGAAGGAGACACUCCUGCAGCCAUGUUUCUCAUUGAAAAUGCACCAAAAAAGAGACCUUCCACAGGAGUGGCACGAGUCAAGGCGAAUAAUAAUCUCAACUCUCAGAACUCAACAACGAAUAUUGUCCAACAACAACUUCAACAAUUCAAGAAGGCAGUUUCUCAGUCGAACGCAAGCAGUAUUACCAAUCCAUCCACUUCUGGUGCCUCUGCACGACCUCUCACCGUUCUACCAACAUAUGGAAAAGGUAUGGUUGGAGGAAUGCCGUUACAGCAAAAACGAAGAGCCAUGUCAGCAGGAACCAAAACUCGAAGACCAUCCCAUCAUCAACCUUCCACAACAACGAUCAACGGUGCUCAGACAAUCACCAAUGUAUCGUCAUCUGAACAACUCUAA